CAAAGCUGUACGUUCAAAGCUGGCAGCUCAUUGAAUAAGUUUGAAGUGGAGACGAGCUGGUGCCAGCCUCCAGGUGGUCAUCCCGUGGUCAUGGCAUUGGUGGUACUUUGGCCUGUCCAGAUUCUUGAUGGGUGGUGGUGUGGCCUGGCCUGUACCUAGGAUACACGGGCUUGUUGGUCAUUGGUGGUGAUUGGUUUUCAGGUGAUGGUGUGGCUUGUGCAGUCCUUACGCGGACAUUUGUAAUUUUUGACAGAGGGAGAAAGCAGAGGCAAUGGUGAAGGCAUACUUGCGGUAUGAGGCUGCCGCUACCUUUGGGGUGGUGGCAUCAACAGCAGCCAAUGUUGCGUUCGACGCUUCGGGCAAGCUCCUAGUAUCUGCAGCCCUGGAAAACGUGCUUGUGUGGAAUCUCAAACAAGGAGCCGCAAUCCAGACCUUAGCUGCACCAGGCACGUCACAUGACAGCGGGCCCCACCCAGAGGUCACUGCAAUCGCUUUCGCUCCCACUGAGGUGUCCAGAAUAUCGGUGGGCUAUUCUGAUGGAUCGAUACGAAUAUGGGAUUUUGUCAAGGGCACCUGUGAGGUGGUCCUGAGCGGGCACAAGUCCGCAGUGACUGCCCUGCGGUACAGCAAGAGCGGGGCCCUUCUGGCGUCAGGGGCGAAAGACACAGAUGUCAUAGUCUGGGAUGUGGUGGGAGAAGCAGGGCUGUACCGCCUCAAAGGCCACCGCGAUCAAGUCACAGACCUGGUGUUCUUAGAAAGCCGUCGCAAGCUCGUUAGCUGCUCCAAAGACACCUUUGUCCGGGUGUGGGAUCUGGAUACUCAGCACUGCACGCAGACAGUGGUCGGGCACAGGGGGGAGGUGUGGUCCCUGGACGUCGACCCCUCGGAGCAGCGCCUGGCCACUGGGAGUGCCGAUGUCGAGAUCCGCUGGUAUGCCAUCGCUGACGAAGCGGAAACUUCGGGAAGGGAGCCCUCUGCAGGAGGGGGCGCCAGCUGGGACCUUCUGACCCCCCUGGGAAGCAUCCGGCGGCAGAGUACUGAGCGGGUGGCCACUCUGCGCUUCAACCCGAGCGGCACACUUCUGGGAUGCCAGGGUCCAGGGAAGGCUCUCGAGCUCUACAGGGUGCGCGACGCCGCAGAGGCUGCUCGGCGCGCCAAGCGGCGGAAGAAGCGCAAGCAGGAGAAGAUGAAGGACAAGGCGGCGAAGGGCCCCCCGGGGGAGGGAGAAGAAGCUGCUGAGGAGGCGCAGGAGGACGCCUCCGUUGCGGCAGCAGACGAGCUGUCCCUUAUGCAGGUGGUGCGCAGCAAGCACAAGAUCCGCUCGUUUGCCUUCUCUCCUGGAGCGCUCAAGAAGGGCGUCGAGGCCCAGCUGGCCCUCUCGCUACACAACAACAGCAUUGAGGUGUAUGACGUCACUGCUGACAGCUACGAGAGGACGUACGGCCUGGAGCUGCCGGGCCACCGCAGCGACGUGCGCGCUGUGGCGCUCAGCUCUGACGACUCCCUCCUCCUCUCCACCAGCCACAACGCCGUCAAGGUCUGGAACCCCCGCACCGGCACAUGCCUGCGGACAAUGGACUCCGGGUACGGGCUGUCCGCGCUGUUCGUGCCGGGCAACCGGCAGGCGGUCGUAGGAACCAAGGGUGGCGCGCUGGAGCUGUUUGAUGUGGGGGGAUCCAGCCUGAUUGAGUCGGUGGAGGCUCACACAGGGGCGGUUUGGUCCAUUGCGGCGGACCCCAAGGGGACCGGCUUCGCGAGUGCCUCGGCGGACCAUGACGUCAAGUUCUGGGAGUACGAGGUGGUGCGAGAGGACGGCGACGCGGCGCAGCAGCUGGCGGUGCGCAACACGCGCACGCUCAAGAUGACGGACGACGUGCUGUGCGUGCGCUUCAGCCCGGACGGCAAGUACAUCGCGGUCGCACUGCUGGACUCCACCAUCAAGGUGUUCUUCGCGGACACGCUCAAGUUCUUUCUGUCGCUGUACGGGCACAAGCUGCCGGUGCUGUCGCUGGACAUCUCGUCGGACGGCGCGCUGCUGGCCAGCGGGUCCGCGGACAAGAACCUCAAGAUCUGGGGAAUGGACUUCGGCGACUGCCACCGCUCGCUCUUCGCGCACCAGGACAGCGUCAUGCAGGUGGCGUUUGUGCGCAACACGCACUACCUGUUCACGGUGGGCAAGGACAAGAGCGUCAAGUACUGGGACGUCGACAAGUUCGAGCUGCUGCUCACGCUGGACGGGCACCACGCCGAGGUUUGGUGCCUGGCGGUGAGCAGCCACGGCGAUUUCGUGGUGACCGGCUCGCACGAUCGGUCGCUGCGCCGGUGGGAGCGCACGGAGGAGCCCUUCUUCGUGGAGGAGGAGCGGGAGAAGCGGCUGGAGAGCAUGUUCGAGGCGGGCAUUGAAAACGCGGCCGACGACCGGGGGGGCCAACCGGGGGACGACAACGCGGAAGGGGCCGUGGGCGCGGCGGGGCGGCGCACCCAGGAAACCAUUUCCGCAGCGGACUCGAUUAUCGAGGCGCUCGAGAUGGCGGAGCUCGAGACGCAGCGGGUGCUUGACCACCGGAUGGAGCGGCAGCGUGAUCCGAAGGCGAAGCCACUGCCCCCGAACCCGCUCAUGCUGGGCCUCUCUCCCGCGGCGUUUGUUCUGAAGGCCGUCGCGGCCGUCCGGACCAGCGAUCUGGAACAAGCCCUGCUCGUCCUGCCCUUCUCUUCCGCCCUUCACCUGUUAGACUACAUCGCCCAGUGGCUCAGGGCGGGCGACCAGAUAGAACUCUCUUGCCGGGCAGCUAUUCUGCUGCUGAGGCUGCACCAAUCGCAGCUGGUCGCCACCACGUCAGCCCGGCCGACUCUUCUCACGGUACAGAACGAGCUGCGCCCUAGGGUUCAGGGGCUGAAGAGCGCUCUGGGAUUCAACCUUGCUGCGCUGGGGCACGUGCAACGGAUGCUGGCGGCGAAGUCACAAGCGCCCUUCGGAGACGCAGUGCAGAAGGUGCUCGGCAUCCGGCAAAAGCUGGCGAAGGGGCGGGCAGGGGCGAUAGAAGAAAAGCAGCAACAAAGGAAGAAGAAGCGGAAAAUUUCCACAGCCGAGAAUGAACAAUAAGAGUAAGUGGAAUCAGAUUGUGAUGGACCGUGCAGGUAACGGGGUACAAUUGGGUCUCAUGAUCGUUGCGCUCACAUUCUUGGACAACCGCGUAUGCAGUCAUGCAUGCGGGGUAUUAUGAGACUGCCGAUUGUAUUCGUGGCACUGGCACUGCACAUCCUCUUUGAAUGGC